AUGAAGCCAGAAUUGAUAGUAACCUUGAAGUUACCCAAUGAAGUCAAACAAAGUUUGAGAUACAUCUUUGAUGCCUAUAAUGCUGCUUUUUCCUCUGCAAAAGUUUCUAUGAAUAGUGAACAUAACUUCAAUUUUGAUUCAUACCCUAUAACGUGUAUGUUAUGGAAUGUUCAAGGUGUUGGGAGUCGUGAGUUUUUAAUUACUUUGCAUGAGGUGAUUAAAGUCAACAAGCCUAUGGUGUUUGCUCUUGUUGAGAUGCAUAUGGGAGGAGAUAGAGCUCUGCAAAUUGCUGAUGUUCUCAAUUAUUCUGGUCAUAUAAGGGUGGAAGCGCAAGGAUUCAGUGGUGGAAUUUUGGUGUACUGGAAGCCGGAAUUGGUCACUAUGGAUUCUAUAGAGCAAAGCAACCAAUACAUUACCAUGGAGAUAACACGGGUAGGUGAGACUCCAUGGUUCUUCUCUGCGAUAUACGCUAGCCCUGAUCCUGCAAAACGCCAAGACUUACUGCGUGACUUGAAAGAUUUUGCUGCUAGGAAUAACAAGCCUUGGCCUUUGGUCGGAAACUUCAAUGAGACGAGGUAUGGAUGGGAAAGAAGUUCUAGUUGUUCCAACACUUCCAGGAGGUCUACUCAAUUUAAUCAUUGGGUGGAAGACAACCAGUUGAUCAAAUUAGAAUUUUCAGGCCCCUCUCACACUUGGGCACUUGGGAAUUCUAAGGAAACUCAUACAAGUGCUCGAUUGGAUUGUGGACUGUGCAACUCAUAG